AUGUCUAAAACAAAUGACUACCCAAAAAGUUCUACAAUUACAGUAAAAACAUCAAGUAAUACAUUUACUUAUAAAAUUAUUCAAGAAGGAAUAUAUCCUAGUAAAGAGAUUCUUGUCUAUACAUCAAAACCAAAUCAGUAUAGAAUUCUUCAUAAUUAUAUAGUUGAAACAACUUAUGGAAGAGGCAAAUUACAACGAACUAUAACAUGCUCAAUUCAAUAUGAGGACAAUAUGCCAGUAUUUAAAAUUGAAUUUUUAUUUGGCAAUA